AUGAUGGCUCAACGCUACCCAGAAGGGUACGAUGGAAUCCUAGCCGGUGCGCCCGGCAUCAAUUGGGCAAACUUUGUCCCCGCUAUGUACUGGCCUCAAUUUACCAUGAACCAACUCGGAGUGUAUCCCAGUGCGUGUGAAAUGGACGCGAUUACCGCUGCCGGCAUCCAGGCGUGCGAUGGCCUGGAUGGUAUUGCAGAUGGUAUCUUGAGUACACCCAAACUCUGCAAUUUUCACGCCAAUUCCACAGUCAGGAGAAAGGUCAGCUGCGCAGAUGGAAGUGCAUUGACGAUUUCCGCGGAAGCAGCCAUGGUGGCUCAAGCGGCUUGGGAUGGUCCCCGAGACGAGGAUGGAAGUUUCCUGUGGUACGGAUUGAAUCCUUCGAGUCCUCUCGGCCUCGGGACCGCCCUCACGAUUUGCGCCGACGGAAAUUCAAACUGCACAGGCUGGCCCGUUCCAUUCGGGCCCGAAUGGAUCAGUCUCUUUGUUGUGAAAAAUGCAUCGUUUGCGCUUGACAAUGUCACCCAGCACGAAUUUGCACGGCUCAUACGUUCAUCUGUCGAACAAUAUGCAUCGAUCAUCGGAACGGCGGAUCCCGAUCUCUCGACAUUCAAAGCAACGGGAGGGAAGAUUCUCAUGUGGCACGGUUUGUCGGACGAAAUCGUUCCUCCACCUGGAACCGAAAAGUACUAUCGCGAAGUCGAGCAGAGGGAUCUGAAUGUGCGAGAUUAUUAUCGACUAUUUGAAGCGCCGGGUGUGCAGCAUUGCUCUGGGGGGAAUGGACCGUUUCCGACGGAUUUGAUGGGGGCUUUGAUUAAGUGGGUUGAGGAGGGCGUGGCGCCCGAAGUUGUGGAGGCCAGAAUCGCUGCGACGGGUAAUGCGACGGAGAUUGUGAGGCAGUUGUGCCAGUAUCCGUUGGUGCAGAAGUAUGUCGGUGGGGAUUCUAAUGUGGCGAGCUCGUUUGUGUGUAGUUUGGAGUUUUGA